AUGGCCGAUCGCGGCGGCAAGGCACCAGCAUGGACAUCGGCGGCGGCGGCCGUCGACGUCGACGCGGAGGUGGUCAUCGUUGGCGCCGGGAUCGCGGGGCUCGCGACCGCGCUGGCGCUGCGGCGGCUCGGCGUGGGCGCGGCUGGCGGCGGCGUCCUGGUGCUGGAGCGGCACGCCGAGCUGCGCUCCACCGGCGCCGCGCUCACCAUCUUCCCCAACGGCUGGUUCGCGCUCCGUGCGCUCGGCGUCGCGCACAAGCUCACCUCCCGCUACGAUGCCUUCGAAACAUCCCGGGUGACAACUCUGGAGACUGGAGCGACGCAGGUGUUCCGCUUUGCUGGGCGCAAAAGCAGCAGCGGCGACGUGAGAGUGAGACCGAUGCAUCGGAAGGCGCUGCUGGAGGCGCUCGCGGAGGAGCUGCCUCCGGGCACCAUCAGGUUCUCGUCCAAGCUCGCCUCGAUCGCCACAGAGAAGGCGCAGGAUUCCCCGGAGAUCGCCGUCCUACGGUUAGACGACGGUACGGUGAUCCGAUCCAAGGUGCUGAUCGGGUGCGACGGGGUGCACUCCGUGGUGUCGCAGUGGCUGGGCCUGUCGGAGCCGGCGAGCUCAGGCCGGUCCGCCGUCCGCGGGCUCGCCGUGUACCCGGACGGCCAUGGCCUCAAGAAGGAGCUCCGGCAGUUCCUCUCGGAGGGUCUCAGGGCCGGCAUGGUGCCCAUCAGCGACACCGAUGUCUACUGGUUCCUCGUCAACAACACCAUCCCGGCAGAGAAGGAGGCCGGCACGGACCCCGCCAAGAUCCUGCGGGAGGUCACGGACAACCUGGGCAGGCUCAUGCCGGCGGAGUACCUGGACGUGGCGCGCCACUCCGACUCCGACAACCUGUCGUGGGCGCCGCUGCUGUACCGCGCCCCCUGGGCCAUCCUCAGGGGUCCGGCGGCCCGCGGGCCGGUCACGGUGGCCGGCGACGCGUUCCACCCCAUGACCCCCGACAUGGCGCAGGGCGGGUGCUCCGCGCUGGAGGACGCGGUGGUGCUCGCGCGCGCUUUGUCUCGGGCGGCCACGCCCGCCGACGGCGUGGCCUCCUACGUGGCAGAGCGGCGUGGCCGGGCUGCCUGGCUGGUCGCCGGGGCUUACCUGUCGGGCUGGGUCCAGCAGGGCGGGACCAACGUCCGGGGCGUGCGAGGGUACAUGGUCAGGCUGUUUCGCGACUGGAUCUUUUACAGGUUCUUGUUCCCCAGGCUAGCCGAUACAAUGUGGUUCGAUUGCGGCGACCUGGUGGAGCCAAACGCGGAGGGCAAGACCCACUCCGAGUAA